AUGGGUGAACCAUCAUCCAAGACGGGCUGGUGGGCUUGGUCGACCAAGAAGAAGGUUCUUAUCUUCGGAACCGUCGCUCUUGUCAUCAUUGCUCUAGGUGUCGGCCUAGGUGUCGGACUGGGAGUUGGCCUCAAAAAUGGCGGAGACGACGAUGACAAUAAUAACAACGAGGGCACCGGUUCCAAUACGACCGUGAAAUGGCAGCCACCCGUUGGCGCCAAGUGGCAGAUCAUACUGAAGUCCGAGGACAAACCGAUCUCCACUGCAGUGGAUGCACCAAUCUACGACAUUGAUCUUUUCGACAACAACAAGACCUUCAUUUCAAAUCUCCAGAAAAUGGGCCGCAAAGUGAUCUGCUACUUCUCUGCCGGCUCGUUCGAGGACUGGCGCGAUGACGCCGACGAUUUCAACGACGCAGAUAAGGGCGACGAUCUCGACGGAUGGCCCGGCGAGAAAUGGUUGAACGUCAAGUCCACAAACGUGCGCAAAAUCAUGCAGACGCGUCUCGAUAUUGCCGUAGAGAAGGGCUGCGAUGGCGUCGACCCUGAUAACAUCGACGGGUACGAUAACGCGAACGGACUGGAUCUCACCAAGGCUGAGGCUAUCGACUACGUGAACUGGCUUGCUGCCCAGUCCCACAGCCGUGGUCUCUCAAUUGGAUUGAAGAAUGGCGCUGGCAUCAUUGACUCUGUCAUUGAUAACAUGCAGUGGUGUGUCAAUGAGCAGUGCGCUGAGUUCGAUGAGUGUGAUACCUAUGCGCCCUUCAUCGAAGCGAACAAGCCUGUCUUUCACAUCGAGUACCCCAAGGGUGGUGAUACCAACAAUGACAAAUCCGUGUCGGCCAGCCAAGCGAAAUCUGCGUGUACGGCUAAUAGCUCCGGCAACUUUUCCACUGUUAUCAAAAACAUGGACUUGGAUAACUGGGUUGAAUACUGCCCAUGA